CACGGUGGAGUCGCGUUGGCAUUUUGAUCAGCCGCUCGAGCACACGGGAAGAGUCUGCUCGCUUAGUGCAGUGACACGACAUGAUAAGGUUCUCAUCAUGGACACGGAGAUGAUGACGAAAUUCUCCUCGAAAGACGAGGAAAUUGAGUACUGGAAGAGCUUGUCUCUCAAAUACAAGAAUAGUUAUCAUGAUGCUCAGGAGGAGCUGCAGGAGUUCCAGGAGGGCAGUCGAGAGCUGGAGGCCGAGCUGGAAGCUCAGCUGGGUCAAGCGGAACAUCGCAUCCGAGACCUGCAUUUAGAAAACCAGAGGAUGAAGAGUGAGGCAGAAACACUCAAGGAGAAACUGGAGCAGCAGUACGCUCAGAGCUACAAGCAGAUUUCCAUGCUGGAGGAUGACCUGGUCCAAACACGUAGCAUCAAGGAGCAGCUGCACAAAUAUGUCAGGGAGCUGGAACAGGCCAACGAUGACCUGGAGAGAGCUAAGAGGGCCACCAUCACAUCUCUGGAAGACUUUGAGCAGCGGCUAAACCAGGCUAUAGAACGGAACGCGUUCCUGGAGAGCGAACUGGACGAGAAGGAGUCGCUGCUGGUCUCGGUGCAGAGGCUGAAAGAUGAGGCUAGAGACCUGAGACAGGAGUUGGCUGUACGAGAGAGGACGACAGAUGUUUCCAGGAUGUCGGCUCCCAGCUCUCCCACCUUAGAUAUCGAUAAGACUGACUCAGCAGUGCAGGCCUCCCUGUCCCUCCCAGCCACACCCGUAGGGAAGACCAUCGAACAUCCUUUCAUUGCUCCGAAAGCAUUGACCAAUGGCUAUGGAAACUCCUCCCUCACACCGUCUGCACGGAUCUCAGCCCUUAACAUUGUUGGUGACCUUUUGCGGAAAGUCGGGGCUCUAGAGUCUAAACUAGCUGCUUGCAGAAACUUUGCCAAGGAUCAGGCAGCAAGGAAAAAUUACACAGGAAAUGGAAACCUCAGCAACAGCAAUGCAACAAAGUUCUCUCAUUCACUGCACACUACGUAUUUUGAUAAGACGACUAUGAAUGGGCUGGAUCCCAGCGCCCUGACCACCAUGGCUUCCCCUUGUGCCGUGUCCCCUCCCGGCAUGCUCCCUCUCAGCGUGUGAGAGACUUUCCCUGCAACCUCCAUACAAGCCCCGACACCCCAUGAACAUGGAGAGGACACUUGAAAGAGUGUGUGCCUGAGAGUAUGAGCGUGUGUAAGAGAGACUGCUGAAAUGACGUGCCACACGCGUGUCUGACCGAUACGUGUCAGGCGCGAGGGUCUGUUCCUGUGACCGUGUGGCUCUGUAGACCUCAGUUCUGACGAGGUGUCAGCAUUUCCCGGUUUUAUCUUCACCUAAAGCCAGUAAAAUGACAAAGGUCUGCGUCAGACCACAGCUUCUGUAUGAGUUCAUUUUAGUGUGUUGCACAAUUGAAAAAUAUUUAGCAGAUGGAAAAAAAAUGGUGAAAAAAAUGCAAAGGGAUUUUCUUUGAGGUGAACGUCACUGUAUGUUGAGCAAUGUGAGUGUGUGUUAAGGGCAUGGUGGGGAUAAGAAGUAAAUCUGGACAUCCCCUCAGCCUUGAAUGACUGAAUUACAUGUUCACUUUAUCUGCUCAGUUCCAUAAUUCCUAAAACACACGUUUACUCGGUCAAGACUCUCCUCAUUCUGCAAAGGUAACGAUGGCAUCGGCCUACACGUACUGUUUGACAAUAAUUCUGCUUUGACUGUAAAUCAAUAACUGUGCAAUGUGACCUCAUUUCUAUCCCUUGUGCCUCGGGAUCUGCUGUUGAGUUUGAUAUUUAUUUAUUUCACUUGAGGAGCGCAAGCCAACUUUUGUUUAUCACAGUGUUUAAGUUUAGUUCUUAAAUGGCAAACUUUAACAUAAGCUAUAGUAGCACUUAUUAAGUGUUAAUUUACUCAUGUAGUCUUUGAUUACACAUAGUUAACAUGCACUUUGUUGACUAUUUUGUUAUAUUUCAUGUAUAUAGAUUUGUAAACAUGGCAGCAGUGCCCAGUAAAGUAUGUAGAUACUAAAAGAGGGCCAAUGAGCUGUUUAAUUUAUUUCAGAAUGUUUAUGGCAUGUUUUGACAUGAGUGAGUUAGUCUUACAUACUGUGCAUUGUUUAAAAUCAUAUAUCAAGAUGUAAACAUUGUCUAAUAUGUGCAAAUAAAUAAAAG